AUGAGCUCGCGAAAACAGCGUUUAGAUGUUGGUCAAGAAAAGCCUCGUAAACGAAGAUUUGAUAAUGAUUCUGAUAAUUCAUCUGAUGCAAUAAGUAGUGAAGCGUCGAAAAAACGACGUGAAUCACCAUCUUCAUCAAGUAAUCAUCCCUCAGCAUCUUCAACAACGUCGACAACUAGCACAAUAAAACCAUCAUCGAUCGGUGUGGCAAAUUUAAAUCCAUUCACGGGUGCACCAUAUAGUAAUUAUUAUUAUGAAUUAUAUAAGAAACGACGACAGUUACCCGUGUGGGAGUACAAAGAUGCGUUUAUGACAACAUUAGAAAAAAAUCAAGUGACCGUUCUUGUUGGUGAAACGGGUAGUGGAAAAACAACACAAAUUCCUCAAUGGUGUGUUGAUUAUACUAAACGCUUAAAUCUAUCUAGUGGACAACAGAAAAAAAAGGGUGUGGCUUGUACACAACCUCGUCGAGUUGCUGCCAUGUCCGUUGCACAACGUGUCGCCAAUGAAAUGGACGUCAUACUCGGUCAAGAAGUCGGUUAUUCAAUUCGAUUUGAAGAUUGUUCAGGACCAAAAACACUACUAAAAUAUAUGACUGAUGGAAUGUUAUUACGUGAAGCCAUGUCUGAUCCACUGCUAGAGUCUUAUGCGUUUGUUCUACUCGACGAAGCACAUGAACGAACGUUGGCUACGGAUAUUUUAAUGGGAUUGUUGAAAGAAGUUGCUAAACAACGAUCAGAUUUGAAAAUAAUUGUCAUGUCAGCAACGUUAGACGCUGGAAAAUUUCAAGAUUAUUUCGAUAAAGCACCGUUAUUAACCAUACCAGGAAGAACUUUUCCUGUGGAAAUAUUUUAUACUCCAGAACCAGAACGAGAUUAUUUAGAAGCAGCAAUUAGAACUGUACUUCAAAUUCAUAUGAGUGAAGAACAAGAAGGUGAUAUCUUGUUGUUUCUAACUGGUCAAGAAGAAAUUGAAGAUGCAUGUAAACGUAUUCAACGUGAUGUAGAAAAUUUAGGACCAGAAGUAGGUGAAUUAAAAUGUAUCCCAUUAUAUUCGACAUUGCCACCAAAUUUGCAACAACGUAUCUUCGAACCGGCUCCAGCAAAUAAACCCAAUGGAAGUAUUGGACGAAAAAUUGUUGUAUCAACGAAUAUAGCCGAAACAUCAUUGACUAUUGAUGGUGUGGUGUUUGUUAUUGAUCCGGGAUUUUCAAAACAAAAAGUAUAUAAUCCAAGAAUUCGAGUUGAAUCAUUGUUAGUAACACCAAUUUCAAAAGCAAGUGCACAACAACGAGCAGGACGAGCUGGACGUACAAGACCGGGAAAAUGUUUUCGAUUGUAUACAGAAAAAGCGUACAAAAGUGAAAUGCAUGAAAAUACGUAUCCUGAAAUAUUACGUUCGAAUUUGGGCAGUGUAGUAUUACAAUUAAAAAAAUUGGGUAUUGAUGAUCUUGUUCAUUUUGAUUUUAUGGAUCCACCAGCACCCGAAACACUCAUGAGAGCAUUGGAAUUAUUAAAUUAUUUAGCAGCACUAGAUGAUGAAGGGGAAUUGACAGAAUUAGGUUCAAUGAUGGCUGAAUUUCCACUAGAUCCUCAAUUGGCUAAAAUGGUUAUUGCCUCAUGUGAUUAUUCAUGUUCCAAUGAAAUUCUUUCACUUACGUCAAUGUUAUCUGUUCCACAAUGUUUCGUACGACCAAAUGAUGUUCGUAAACAAGCCGAUGAAUGUAAAUCACGUUUUGCACAUGUUGAUGGUGAUCAUUUGACAAUGUUAAAUGUUUACCAUGCAUUCAAACAAAAUCAUGAAGAUCCAAAUUGGUGUUAUGAAAAUUUUGUUAAUUUUCGUUCAUUAAAAUCAGCUGAUAGUGUAAGAACUCAAUUGGGUAGAAUUAUGGAUCGUUUUAAUUUAAAAAGAUCGUCAACAGAAUUUACAUCACAAGAUUAUUAUUUGAAUAUACGAAAAGCGUUAGUUAGCGGAUUUUUUAUGCAGAUUGCACAUUUAGAAAAGACUGGCCAUUAUUUAACAAUUAAAGAUAAUCAAAUAGUACAAUUACAUCCGGCCACAGUUUUAGAUCAUAAACCAGAAUGGGUAUUGUACAAUGAAUUCGUAUUGACAACUAAAAAUUAUAUUCGUACAGUGACAGAUAUUAAACCCGAUUGGUUGUUAACCAUUUCUCCACAAUAUUAUGAACUCAAUUCAUUACCAGAUGGCGAAGCUAAAAGACAAUUAUUUCGAAUAUCUCAACGAAUGGAAAAUAAAAAACAAACCAAAAAUAAUUAA